AUGGAGGGAGCACCGAGUAAGGCGGCGUAUCAGAUCCCACGGCGAAGGAGAGAGGAGGGAGGCGGUGGGCAGGAGGAAGAUGCGAGGGGUCCUGCGCAGUCGUAUGGAUCGCGUGGUGGCGGUCGGUAUGACAGUAGCAGGGAGGGAAGCUACGGUGGCCGGGGAGGUGGGCGCGAUGGAGGCCGCUACACUGCGGGCCGGGACGAGGGCGCCUAUGUAGAGCGUGAUCGUUACUCGCGCGACAACGAUCGUGGCGGCAACCGACGCGACCCACGCCCAUCGCAGCACUACGGAGGGGGUAGAGGCGGGCGCUCCCCUCCCUCGAGCAGCUUCCAGCGAGAUGUACGCAGCAGCUACCACGAUGGAGGCAGAGGAGGUGGUGAACCGCGGGUAGCGCGGGGUCGCGUGAGGCGGCGAGGCGACGAGGUCUCCCAGUCGGUGUCCGUGCCCAAAGAGUACGGCGGCAUCGUGGUGGGCAAGCAUGGCAGGAACCUCCAGCGCAUCGGGGAUUCGGCCGAGGUGGAGAUCUCCAGUGGGUACGACCACCCGCUCAACCCGGGCCUGCUGGCCUUCACCAUCAGCGGCACGCCGACGGCCAUCGAGAACGCCAAGCUGCAGAUCUUCUACGCCGUGUCGGGCGGCUUCACGAGGGACAAGUGCGAAGAAAACUUCCUGAUCCUCAACACCGGCAUCGGCCCGCAGGAGCUCGUCCAGUUCGUGCCGGCCAGCGCCAGGCAGGUCUACGGGCCUGCCGACACAUACUCCCUGCGCAGGAUCACUGCCGCCGCCGCCGCCGCCGCCACCACUACGGGAGAGGACGUGGACGAUGUUGCAAAGCGGAUGGCGAGUCUCAACCUGGGGCUGCUGAAAGUAGAGCGCGAAGGCCGCGGCGCGACCGACAGCAGAACGGCGGUGGAGCGCGUGGCGCGACUGCUUCGUGAGACCCGCGGCUUUCCCGGCAAGGUGCGGCUGGUGGCGCGGCUCGGGCAGAUCACGUUCCGGGCGAUGGGCCAGAUGGUGGUGCCGGCCAACAAACCCCACCCCUAUGCCACCAUGGAGCCGAUUCUGCGCGACCGCUGCACCCCGCGCUUCGUGACCAUAACGGAUGAAACUGAGACGAAGCUGGCGCAUGAAGCGUUGACCCAGCUUCUGGCCGAAAGCUACACUCCGGAGGUCAAGGUGCUCUAUGAGUUCAAGGUCUGGGACGAAGCCAGCCACAUCCCCUUGUCCGUCACCUUGAGCAAGAACGCGGACGGCAGCUUCGCCCUCAAGGAGGCGUUCAUGGUGAGCAGCAAGAAGCUGAUCUGCGACUACCUCUUCCCGACCGACGAGCCCGACGUGCGCAUCUGCCUCGACACCCUACGCGCGGUGGAGGCCACCGCGCCCCUCCUCGACUUCAUCCACCAAAUCCGAUGCAGCACAGAGGCGGCCAAAAGCGAAAGCGAAAGCGAAGACGAGGUCCUUACAUUCCCCGCGCCGGCGACUGCCCCGGACGCGCAGACCGUGAAUGCGGCGGGCGAGGAGGCAGCGACGACGAAGCAGCGCUUCCAUGCGUUCUUCUUGCGCAAGAAGGAAGAUGUGAUCUAUCGGCUGAGCGAGGACUGCUUCGUGCGCACGACGCGCGUGUCGGAGACCGGCUUCGGCAACGGCGAACGCAACCGCAAGUGGGAGACCGAGAUCGAGUUCAUCACGGCCACGGCCACCGCCGAGCGGGACCAGGCCCUCGAAGCGCGGCUCGAGGCGUUCUUCGACGCGGUGCUCCAGGUCAGGCGCAAGCUGCACCGCAGCUAA